UGAGGGCGACGGAACUUGGGGUGACUGUGUGAGAAGCUGGGCGACACCACCUGUUACUAGGUUGGAUCGCCCCCUUACUGGCAUAUAGCUUGAGAGACACCUACAGCUCCACUUCAAGCCAUGGGAGGGUAGAGGGAAGAGCCAUUUGCCAUUACCAUAUAAUUGCUGAGGUGGUUGACGAAUAAGGAACAGUGCUUGUAGACCGUAUUUCAUCCAUAACUAAUGGAACCUUUCAUGCAAAGAAUACAAAACGACAAUGGAACAAAAAGAAGACGCAAAUCGAAAGGAAAGAACAGAGAGCGCGAUGGAGACUAUUUGUAAUGUGACCAGGACAUAUUAUUUCUCAGGCCCCUUAGAGGAAGGCUUCUAGGGCCUGGGCCCGACCAUGCAGUUCAUUUUCCAAGAUGGCGGCUCUUUUUGAUGGACUGAUGUUAAGAAUAAUUUUUCUUAUGUUUUUCAUAUUUUCGAGAUGUUCGAUCGUUUACGGCUGGGAUUCUGUAGAUUUAGAGUUAUUCGACCUUGUAGAAGAAAUCAAAGAUAAUUUUUAUGACAUACUUGGGCUAAAACAGCUUGUUGCAGUAUCAGAGGUUCUGAAAGAUGAAGAGAAAAGAAAAAGAUAUGAUGGCAUUCUGCGUGAUGGCCUGCCAGAUUGGCGACAGCCUGUAUUUUACUACAGGAGUGUGCGCAAAAUGGGACUUAUUGAAUUCACAAUCCUUCUCUUUUUGAUAUUAACCAUUGGACACUACAUUGUGGCUUGGUCUAUUUAUUUGGAGAAAAAACUUGAAUUGGAAGAGCUCCUAUUUUCCAAGAAAAAACGCGAGGACAAGAAACGGAACAAAAAGUUGAAAUCCAAACUGAAUGAUGAAGACAUUCCUGAUCUUGCAGACAUAAUGGUACAAGAGGUUGGUGUGUCAAAACCCACACUACGCGACCUGCUGCCAUUCAAAAUGACGCUCUGGCUGAUUGGGUUCUGUACGUCACUGCCUGAGCAAUAUCGGGCUAUGGUGGAAUGCUUGGAAAAAAGAAGGAUGGAAAAGAUUGAGGAAGAGGAUGAAGAUGACGAUGAUGAUGAUGAAUUGGAAGAAAAACCAUCAAGACCACGAAGGAGACAGAGAGUAAACAUUCCACAGGAAGAUACAGAAGAUAACAGCUGGGAGGGUGCUCCUGUCACCAAUGUGUUAAAGAUGGCCACAGAUAACGGCGACCAUUCUGCUGUAACAGAGAAGUCAGGUGAAUGGACAGAUCACGAACAAUCCCUUCUUACCCGUGCUAUGGUGAAAUUUCCCGGGGGGACACCGAACCGUUGGGAAAAAAUUGCUGUAGAGAUUGGGAGAUCAGUAGAAGAGGUUACAAAACAAAUGAAAAAGUUAAAACAAUCCUAUGGAGCACCUACUCAUUCAUCGAACGCAGGUGAAGGUGACUUAAGUACGCUAGUAAUAAACAAGAAAAAGGCAAUGGUGAGCGAUGAAUGCCUGGAGCAAGCUGACGAAUGCUACAACUUUGGAAGCAACUCAAAUCGUCACCGUAACAAAUCGUCGAGAAGUCAACAGACGACAAAGAACGUUGCCGAUCGGCCCGUAAGCGAAGUAUCUGUACCGUCCGUGUUGCGUGACAGGACUUCAGAGCAAUCGGAUGGCGUUACUAAGAAAAACGUGACAGAUGAUGACAGUACUGCGUGGAGUCAGAAUCAGCAGAAACAGUUGGAGAUUGCGUUACAGAAGUUUCCGAAGACUGUGGCAGAUAGAUGGACUUGUAUAGCUCAGGCUGUGCCUGGCAAGACUAAGGAAGAAUGUAUUUUGCGGUACAAAUUUCUCGUGGAAUGUGUUCGGAAAAAAAAGCUGGCCGGGCAGCAACAGUAAAUGGAAUUAACUCUUUCAAAUUGUGAAAUUAUUUUUUUUCCAUUAACUUAUCAAAAUUUGUAAAGAGAAUUCAUUAAAAUAGAUCACUAUUAAAUUGGUAAUUGAAACCAUAA